AUGCUACAUGACAAAAUCGUGCCAAAUACAUCCAAAUGGGUCCCACAUCACCAUCUUUGCCCAUCGGUUACUGUUUUUCUUCCUUCCAUGUUCUACAGAACCCAGAUCUGGAUUCAGAAUGGAGGGGCACAUGAAGGCUUUCUGAUUGAAUUGAAUUUUCCUGUAGUUCCCAUCUUAGAAUUCAAUUCUGCAGAGGUUUCGGCAAUUUCUGAAGCCUUGAAUGGUGCUUCAACGAUUGAUAUCAAGUGGACUACUACAGAUCUCCUCCUUGUUGUGCUACCAUCUGGAGAACAUGUUAUGGAACUACAGCCACGGUUUGAGGCCAUAAAAAAAUGUCCUGGACGUGGCUUAAUUGUCUCAGGCAUUGCUCCUCUAGAGUCUGGAUUUGAUUUCAUCAGGCGAGUCUUCUUCCCAAAGCAAGGUAUCAAUGAGGAUCCUGUUUGUGGGAGUGCACAUUGUGCGUUGACACCAUAUUGGAGCCAAAAGCUAGGGAAGUGUGACUUCAUUGCCUAUGCGGCAUCACCUAGAGGGGGAAUUAUAAACAUUCAUUUGGAUGAACAGAACCAGAGAGUGCUUUUGCAAGGAAAAGCUGUCACUGUUAUGAAAGGUUGUCUUUUGGUUUAGAUAUGGGGUUUAAUGUCAUUAUUAAUGUAUGAUUAAACUAAACUAAAUCGCAAUGAUCAUUUGGAACAAUUACUGGCUUUACUUGUAUGUGUUGUUUGGAAUGAUAUCUGGCUCUUUCUUGUAUGUGUUGUUUUCUUAUUACAUGUAUUUGCCGUUGGUUAAUAUAUGACAUUGCACUUA